GCUGACUGGACAGAGCCGUUGGGACCGAGGCUGUGUGAAAGGAAGGGUGGAGUUUCCACAUCGCAUUGAGUACACACACUGCUGUCUGCAUCACUGUGCAGUACCGCCAGUCCACUGGAGAGGAGUGUCAUAGAAGGGGAGGGGGGUUGUACAACAGCAUACAGGCCGGCACAGGCUACAUUACUAUUGAGAGGGAGGGAUGAGAAUGCUGAAUCAGUGAAACUGCAUUAUAGCCAGGGAGAGGGUGGGAGAGGGUGAACUGCAGGAGAGAGGGAAGGGAAAGAUAGCCGCAAGGGUGAAAGUUCAUAGGUUAAACGUUCACGGUGAGCUUGAGGUGGCCGUACACCUUGCUGCAGACCAGGAAAGGAAGCCAAGAUGGAAGGAAGGGAGGUGAUGUUGCCGACUGUGUCCCGCGUUGCACUAUGUGGUGGUACCCAUGGCAAUGAGCUGUCAGGAGUGUACCUGGUGAGAGAGCGGCUGAAGAGGAAGAGGAAGGUGGAAGAAGACCACAUCUCCGUGGUGACCGUGAUGUCCAACCCGCGUGCUGUCCAGCAGUGUCGGAGAUACACAGAGACAGACCUAAACCGCUGCUUCACCCAUGCCACCCUUAGUGGGCCUGUGACAGACAAAACCCCCUAUGAGAUAGUCCGGUCCCAGGAGCUGAACACCCUGCUAGGUCCUAAAGGUAGUCCAGAGGCCAUGGACCUGGUGUGUGACCUCCACAACACUACCGCUAACAUGGGCCUGUGCCUCAUCGCCUACUCAGACUGUGACUGGAUCUCUCUUCACAUCUACAGAUACCUGCAGAGACAAAUGUCUGACAUACCUGUGAGGUUCAUUCACUUUGACCUUCCCCUCAAUGAAGCAUAUUCCCUCGAUUCUGUAGGCAAACAUGGCUUUGCGAUUGAGAUUGGUCCUCAGGCCCAUGGAGUAGUCAGGUCCAAUAUUUUAUCCACAAUGCAAGAAGGGGUCCAGCACAUGCUAGAAUGGGUCCACCUCUUUAACUCAGGUACCCAAUUUGAAGGAGGAAAAGUGGAUGUGUACACCAUGGUGAAAAAUGUGGACUACCCAAGAGACUUUGAGACCCACGGUAUUACAGCCGCCAUUCAUCCUCAACUCCAGGAUCGGGACUUCUGCCUCCUCCGACCCAAUGACCCUGUGUUCCAGACUUUCUCUGGAGAGACACUAAAGUACAAAGGGACUGAGCCACUCUAUCCAUUCUUCAUUAACGAAUGUGCGUACUAUGAGAAGGGCAUAGCUCUCUCCCUUGCAAGACAGAGGAGUGUGGGGAUACCAUCCAUCCGAUCAGAGAGAGAAGGAGAACAGGGAAAGAGGGAAAGUUCAGCAGAUGAAAUGGAGGAGGAAGAAAAAAUUCAAGGGGAAAUGGAGGGGGAAGGCUAUCAGAAGCUAAUAGAAUAUGGAGAGGAGAGUGAUUCACUAAAUGGACAACACAACUGAGAGCUAAUUUCAAGUUCUUGAUAUGAAUUGUGGAUAAAAAUAAAAAAAGUUAUGUAAAAUGAGACACGUUGAUCAAAUGUUAUGAACUUCAAAUAAUAAUAAAAAAUCCUUCAUUGAAA